AGCUUUGGUCUUGGCUGCCAGCGUCUCUGCCGCCAGCCUGUCAUCCGUCCCCUUCCCGCCAGGCCUUGAGGCUGCUGAGGUUCAAGCCCCUCCAGAGAUGCUGCUCCCGCUUGCCUUCCUCCUGAUCACGGCCUGGCCCUGGGGCUUCAUUGACCGAGGAGACGCCUGGGCCUUUGACAUGAGAUGCCACGAGUGUGACACGAAGAACAGCUUCGCCUGUGAUCGCAUCGUGACUUGUCCUCAGGGAAUCAGGCGCUGCCUGACGCUCUCCAUUCGGUUGAGUACUCGGGAAAUAUACAUUUACAAGGGGUGCACACGCAACUGCACGUUCAUUUAUGCAUCUGAGCAGCCUCCUCCAGGCGAGAGAAAACCUCCCAGGAGCAACAGCUUAUACUUUGUUCAGUGCUGCAACACUAUAACUUGCAAUAACGGAGGACCUACUAAUCUUGAGAGGGACAUAACCCCUCCUCUGAUACUUGAGGAGGAGUUGGGAGGGACCGUGCGUUUGGGGGAGGCCACCCUUUUCCUGAGUUUGGCCUCCGUCCUAGUCAGCCACGCCCUGACAUGAGAAGCCCCCUCGGGAGGGUCCGAGCCUCUCCCCGUUUCCCAGAACGCCUUGGCUGUCCUGGCAUCUCUCGUGAGCCAGAGACACUGCGCCUCGGGGGCCCGCCGUGGGCGAGUUCCCCGUCUGGGGCUUCUUUCAAGGGGGAAAUAAAGAGCAUGGCCGUC